GUUGUCACAAAGCUCCACCGUGAGUGCUUUCCCCCCUCCCUACCUACUCGCGACGACAACCUCCCCACGACUGCGACACCGGCUCCGGGCGCCCACCCCUCCGAUCGGACUCUUCUUCUACUUCACGGACAGCAGGCACGAGUGAGACGCGAGGGAGAGAUACGCGGUACUGACUGACCGACAAAGAAAAAGACCGUCCACACCGCACCGAUAGAAACGAGAUGGCUGCUGUGCUACCGAACCACCUUGCAUGCAAUGGUACGGGGAUGCAAUGGUACAUCGACAUGGUCGGGGAAACACCUUGUCAAACGUACCAGAGCCUGCGAGGGAUAUGCAACUCCCAAUACACGGUGGGCGUGCAAAACGUGAAUACACCGCCGGACACGUGCUCGGACCAACUUUCGACGUGCUGCUGCAACACGAUCGCAUUCGCACUGAGCAUGCUCUGUCUUAACUGCCAACAACCUAUCGGUAGUGGCACCGGCAUCGACGCGGGAGCCACAGCAUACCAGGGGUAUGUCUCGACGUGCUCGGGCCCCGUAUCGAAUGCUCUGCCCAAGGACAUUCAAACGGCGGUUUGCAACAAGCAACUCAAGAUCAAUGACGAUUUGUACUCGAACGGGUGGUCGGAUGGGAGCUGGUUCUACAUUUAUACCCGGGACACGAUCGUCAAGGACAACAUCGUUGCAGGCAACAACUCAUUCACCCACUGUGCAUCAACCACGUUACACACCUCAUCCUCGUCGUCGAUUGGGAGCAGCAGCAGCUCGUCGUACGUCUCUCCUCUCGUCCCCUUGUUUCCCUGACAUACCGUUGGAACAGAUCUACUCGGAGCAACCCAACAUCAUCCCCAUCAGCAUCUGUGACACCUUCUCCGUCCACCGGUAUCGGAUCGGGCGCAAUCGCGGGAAUUGCAGUGGCCGCGCUGGCAGCCGUCGCCUUCGCGCUGCUCGGCUUUUUGUGCUGGCGUCGCCGACGAGGCAGGUACGACGAUGGCCGACGAACCGGCGUGUUGGAGGCACCGCUCGACAACGAUGGGGAUAGGGAUGCGAUGCAGGAGCGGCCCGGCGGCGGGCGAUUCGUCGUCGACAGCUACCCCUAUACCGACACAGCCCCCACAUCCAAUGAGCACAUCACGCACGGGGUGCCGCACAGCGCCGUCGAGGGCAGCCUGUAUAACCCAUACUCGGACUCGGGGAGCAGUGGUUACGGAGCCGCCGCUGUGGCGGGGGCUGCGAGCACCGGGGCUGGCGCCAGUCAGAGGCGGGGAUUCCACACCCAGCAACUCAGCGGUGACAACUCCACGUCGGCUCUCUCAGGAUCUGGGUCGGGGGCUGGGAGUAGUGGUCGACAGGCGGGCCCUCUCCCGCGAAAAAAUCGGGUCCCUGUUCCUGCCAUCCCUCGUGCUGAUUCGGCCGAGCCGUUUUUGGAAGCGGAAGAAGCAGAGGCGACGAGUUUGGGUGAGGCGCCUGUGCUGUCGGCUUCCACAUCAGAGCGACAUGUCGAUGCGGGUCCAGUAGACCAUGUGUCACUUGGGCGCAGCGCCAGUGGACGUUUACCACCGGCCUAUGGGGAGCAGGUUUAAGAUACUCUCUAUCGUCACCACCCUGCCUGGGGAAUUACUUAUGCUUAUUCUCUCUUUCCUACUCCACGGUUAUAUGAUUUUCGAAGUGGAUAUGAUCACUAAAUCGCAUGACCUAUCGACUGUCCUUGACUAUGGUAUACAGGAUCCUCUUCAUACAAAUCAGCGUCGGUCACGUGUGAACUCUCCGCCUUCCACGUGCCAACUCUCCGCUCAUCGUAUCAUUAUCCAGAGAGGACGGAAAGACGUGCUCCAUGGCGAUGCAAGCCGACCGCAGCCACUGCGUGUUCUGACGAUGGGCACCCGAAAUGAAUGGUUCCGGAGACAAAACAGGACGACGGAUGAUAACGAUUGACAGGACCACGAAGCGCUGACUCAGCGCACUACACUUCCCGCUCCUUUCAGACUAACGCACACGACGCAUACACGUCCCUCUCUUAGUUUCAAUCCACCCCAUUAUCUGACUGGACCGCAACCGACAUCUAAGCCGCUCAUCUGACGAUCGUCCACCACACCGUAUCCCGCUAACACAUCGGCUCACGGAGUACGACCCCGCACGAUCCCAGUGCAACCACGGCGCAGGACCACAGCCUACGAAACAGGACGGCGAUGUCUCCAGCACCAGUACCGACAGCCGAUCUUUUCGCCACGGCGCCGGGCAAGUCCGCGACGCUGGAUGAGACGUGGGAGUUCCUUGCCGCCGGCGCGGGGUACAUCAUGCACCUGUCUGAGGGCAGCAGCGGGGUUAGCGGACAGGCGACCGGAAGUGGGGGGCCCGGCCUCACGUUCGCGGGGUAUACCAGCCUGUACACGACGGUAUAUAACUACUGCACGAGCAACAAGAUGCAUGGGCGAUUAGAGGGGAAUCGGACCGGUGCGAAUCUCGUUGGUGCGGACCUGUAUGGAAAGCUGGAAGUGUACCUCACAACGUACCUCGAGCCGGUAUUGCAGAGGGGACUUUCACACACCCCAUUGUCGAAAUUCCUCGCCGCCGACGUCGCCUUCCUACGUUUUUACGCUUCGGCAUGGGACGCUUACACGACCGGCGCCAACUACCUCAACAGACUGUUCGCAUACCUCAAUCGAUACUGGGUCAAGCGAGAGCGUGACGAGGGGAAGAAGAACAUCUUGCCGGUGUACACGCUCGCUCUCGCGCAGUGGCACGCACAUCUCUUCACCCCACUGCAGGAUGCGCUCGCCUCAGCGGUACUCCGUGUGAUCGUUGCUCAGAGGGACGGCGCAGAGGUCGACGGGUCCGAGGCGCUGCUCAAACGCGUUGUGAACUCUUUCGUCAGUCUGGGGCUGGACACGGCGAACCUGAAUACGGAGUGUCUUGACGUAUACCGCGGGGCGUUCGAGGGUGCCUUCAUCGAUGCCUCCGAGGCGUACUACGCCGCCGAAUCAAAUAGGUUCUUGGCCUCAGGCAGCGUCCCGGAGUAUCUGGUCCGCGUAGAGACGAGGCUAAGGGAAGAAGACGAGCGGGUGACAAGAUAUCUGCACGAGAAGACCCGGAAAGACCUCAUUACGCGCUGCGAGAGCGUCCUGCUGCGCGCGCAUGCGCCGAAGCUCUGGGAAGCGUUCUUGGGGCUACUCGCAGACGACAAGGACGACGACCUGCAGCGAAUGUAUGCGCUCCUGGCGCGCAUUCCCGACGGGCUUGAGCCGCUGCGGAAGAAAUUCGAGGGUUACGUCAAGAGUGCUGGAUGUGCGGCGGUCGAUACGCUUGUGGCUGGAAAGGACGGAGAGGAGGUCGACCCCAAGGCGUAUACGGACGCUCUGCUAAGCGUGCACACACGUAAUGCUGCAAUCGUGCAAAGGAGUUUCCGAGCCGAGGCGGGCUUUGCUGCAGCUCUCGACAAGGCGUGUCGGGAGUUCGUCAACCGGAAUGCUGCAACGGGCUCUAGUGCGUCCAAGAGCCCCGAGCUGCUAGCCAAGUACACGGACUCCCUGCUGAGGAAGAGCAACAAGGCUGAGGAGGAGGAUGUCGAGGGUGCCUUGGCGCGAGUGAUGAUUCUAUUCAAAUACCUCGAGGAUAAAGACGUCUUCCAGACCUUCUACUCCACCAAACUCUCCAAGAGGUUGAUCCACGGUGCCAGCGCAUCGGACGAGGCUGAGGCAGGGAUGAUCGCUAAGUUGAAGGAGGCGUGUGGAUUCGAGUACACCAACAAGCUGCAGAGGAUGUUUACGGAUAUGUCACUGUCUAAGGACUUGACAGACGCAUUCAAAGACCGUAGCACCGCCCACGAGCAGGACGCGGGCUUCUCUGUGCUUGUACUUGGAACCAACUUCUGGCCCUUCACUCCUCCACCUCAAGACCUGCUGCUGCCGCCGGAGCUGCUGGGCACCUACGAGCGUUUCACGCGCUAUUACCAGACGAAGCACUCGGGGCGCAAACUGACGUGGAUGUACAACUACUCCAAGAACGAGCUGCGGACGAACUACACGACGGGGCAGAAGUACAUCCUGAUGACGUCGACGUACCAGGCGACUGUCCUGCUGCAGUACAACCGCACCGACACGCUCAGCUUCAAGGAGCUCGAGGCUGCGACGGGGAUCACGGGGCCGGGGAUCCUGACACAGGUUCUGAACAUUCUCGUCAAGGCACGGGUGCUGGUGUGCGACGAUCCGGACGCGGAGGACGGGCAGUACGAUCUGAACCCCGGAUUCAAGUCGAAGAAGAUCCGGAUCAACCUCAACCAGGUCAUUCGUGCGUCAUCAGACAAGGCUGGUGCCCAGAGCGAGGCGAGCGAGGUGAUGAAGACCGUGGAUGAGGACCGCAAGUACGUCAUCCAGGCGACGAUUGUGCGGAUCAUGAAAGCCCGCAAGACGCUCAAAAAUCAGGCUCUGAUCCAAGAAGUCAUCGCCCAGAUCUCGACCCGCUUUGCACCAAAGAUCCCUGAUAUCAAGAAGGCGAUCGAGACACUGCUCGAGAAAGAGUAUAUCGAACGUGUUGAAGGAAGUAAAGAUGUAUGGGCAUAUGUAGCGUAGCGAUGUGGACAUAGAUGGACAACAGGCCAAUGGGACAGCUGGAGACGUACCAGACGAGUCACGUGGAAACUUUCCGCUCAUGAACAUGGUCGUUCCGAGUCGACGUCCUCACAGCAGUCCUCAUGUCUAUGAGUCCUUGUCUAUCGUGGUGGACCGAAG